AAUAUCUUAUUUUCAAACCCAUCUUCUUUUCGAAACUCCUAUUUUCGUCUUUUUGCAAAUCCUAGAUUUCGAUGGCGCCGAAGGCAGAGAAGAAGCCCGCCGCUGAGAAGAAGCCAGCGGAGGAGAAGAAGUCCACAGUCGCCGAGAAGGCUCCAGCUGAGAAGAAGCCAAAGGCCGGAAAGAAACUCCCCAAGGAGGGCGCCGCCGCCGGCGACAAGAAGAAGAAGAGAACGAAAAAGAAUGUGGAAACUUACAAGAUCUACAUCUUCAAGGUUCUGAAGCAGGUUCACCCUGACAUCGGUAUAUCAAGUAAGGCCAUGGGAAUCAUGAACAGCUUUAUCAAUGAUAUCUUUGAGAAGCUUGCCCAGGAGGCCUCAAAGCUCGCUAGGUACAACAAGAAGCCGACGAUCACAUCUCGGGAGAUCCAGACAGCUGUGAGGCUUGUGCUCCCCGGGGAGUUGGCCAAGCACGCCGUUUCGGAAGGAACUAAGGCCGUGACCAAGUUUACCAGUUCUUAAAUCAGCUAUCUUGUAGAUUGUUUUGUGUUUGGCUGUUGUUUUCCUUUUAUUGAAAGUAGUGGGAUGAUGAGAUGUUCAUAUGUAUUGGGUUAAGGUUCCUUUACUUUCAGUGGAUUGUAUGUUCAUCCGGAUCUUUUCGAUCCCAAUGUAUCUUAUUCUAGAUAUUAAUAGACAACGCUUCACAA